UCUCAUAGGAUUCCGUUGAAACACCGAAGCAGGCAAAGAAGAAAGCAACGCCGAUCCGUGAACCUCACUCGAGUUCUCUUUCGGCCAUGGCUCCUUCUAUCUCCGAACGAGUGCAACUGGCCAGGCUCUGUGCCUCAAGGGACUGGUCCAAGGCCAUUCGAGUACUCGAUUCGCUCAUUUCUCAGUCCGGUGCAAUCCAAGACAUCUGCAACCGAGCAUUUUGUUACAGCAAAUUAGAGCUUCACAAGCACGUGAUUAAGGAUUGCGAUAGAGCGCUUCAGCUUGACCCUUCUCUUCUUCAAGCUUACAUUCUCAAAGGUUGUGCCUUCUCCGCAUUGGGGAGGAAAGCGGAUGCUUUAUUGGUAUGGGAGCAAGGCUAUGAACAUGCUUUGCAUCAGUCUGCAGACUUGAAGAAGAUGCUAGAACUUGAAGAGCUUCUGACAGCAGCAAAACAAGCCAACAAUGCAUUGAGUGAAACCCAUGGGCCGUCUAAGCCACAGUCUGAAUCAGAUUCUCUGAGUAAUGGGAACUCAAAUGAAACUUAUAAGAAUCAAGAUGGGUUGAACACUCAGGCUGAAUUAUGUGGCAAUGCUAGUGAUAAAUCUAAGAUAUGCCUGAAGUCUACUGAUAACUUUGACUCGAAAAAUGAAUUGCAUGAUGAAGAUAUAGAGUCUAACAAAUCUGAUGGCCAAGUGAAUGGAAGCCCUGAUGUUCUAGAUACAUUGAGUUAUAAUUCUGAAUCAUGUAAUGACUCAAGUGACGCUUCAGAAUCGUGCGAUAAAGUAUCUACCAAUAGUAAUGACUCAAUUAGUGUCAGUGAAAUUUUUAGAAAUCCAAUUAGUAAGUAUAUUUUUCCCCAUGAAAGAAAUGAUGAAGUAAGGAAAAAUAAGAAGUUCUGCGUUGCUCGGGUUUCAAAGACAAAUUCCAUAACUGUAGAUUUUCGACUCUCAAGGGGUAUAGCAGAGGUUAAUGAAGGAAAAUAUGCUCAUGCCAUAUCCAUUUUUGACCGGAUACUGAAAGAGGACCCUGCAUAUCCUGAGGCACUGAUAGGAAGAGGGACAGCAUAUGCAUUCCAGAGAGAACUUGAUGCUGCUAUAGCUGAUUUUACGAAGGCUAUACAAUUUAAUCCAUCAGCUGGUGAAGCAUGGAAAAGGAGAGGUCAGGCCCGGGCAGCCUUGGGAGAGUUUGUUGAGGCUAUUGAAGACUUGAGUAAGGCAUUAGAGUUUGAACCGAACACAGCAGAUAUUUUACAUGAGAGAGGAAUUGUCAAUUUCAAAUUUAAAGAGUUUGAUGCAGCUGUUGAAGACCUUUCAGCUUGUGUGAAGCUAGAUAAGGAUAAUAAGUCUGCCUACACAUAUUUGGGUUUAGCAUUAUCUUCAAUUGGUGAAUAUAAGAAAGCUGAGGAAGCACAUCUAAAAUCGCUUCAACUUGACAGAAAUUUCCUUGAAGCAUGGGUACAUCUGACUCAGUUCUAUCAAGAUUUAGCUAAACCAAUAAAAGCUCAGGAAUGUCUAAAUGAGGUGCUACAAAUUGAUGGGAGGUUUGCAAGAGCUUAUCAUUCCAGUGCCCUUCUGUCCCAUGCAAUGGGUGACCACAGGAAGGCUAUCAAGGAUUUAACAAUGGAGUUGAACAUUGAUGGCGCCAAUAUUGAGUGUUUAUAUUACCGAGCUUCCUGCUACCAUGCUGUUGGACAAUACAAAGAGGCGGUCAAGGAUUAUGAUGCUGUGCUGGAUUUGGAAUUGGACUCAAUGGACAAGUUCGUGCUCCAGUGCCUUGCCUUUUAUCAGAAAGAGAUUGCUCUGUACACUGCCUCAAAAUUUAACAGUGAUUUUUGCUGGUUUGAUAUUGAUGGAGAUAUUGAUGCACUUUUUAAGGAAUACUGGUGCAAGAGAUUGCAUCCAAAGAAUGUAUGUGAAAAGGUUUUCAGGCAACCUCCUCUACGUGAGUCAUUAAGAAAGGGAAAGCUUAAAAAGCAAGAGUUUACUAUUACGAAGCAGAAGGCUGCUCUUCUACAGGCUGCAGAUUCCGUUGGCAAGAAAAUCCAGUAUGAUUGUCCUGGUUUCCUCCCUAAUAGACGCCAGCAUCGAAUGGCAGGACUUGCUGCUAUUGAAAUUGCACAGAAGGUCUCAAAGGCUUGGCGUUCCUUGCGUGCCGAAUGGAAAUAUUCUAAUAAAGGAAACUCAAAGACUGGGAAAAGGGCCAGGAGAAGGGAAAGAAUUAAUAUGCCCAGUCAAAACAGAGGAGGUGCGGGUUGUAGUACGAGUAGUACCUUGGAUACAUCUCCUUCACAUGGCACUAUAGAUGAUAAAUCAUCCAGCCGUACAAUGCCAUGGCACAAUGUUUACUCAUUAGCUGUUAGAUGGAGACAGAUUUCUGAGCCUUGUGACCCUGUUGUGUGGGUUAACAAGCUAAGUGAAGAGUUUAAUACUGGAUUUGGUUCUCACACACCUAUGAUUCUUGGUCAAGCCAAAGUUGUCCGUUACUUUCCUAAUUAUGAAAGGACAUUGAAUAUUGCGAAGACUGUAAUGAAGGAGAGACCAAUUGUCCACAGCAAAACAGAUGAGAUUAUUCAUCUUUCCAAAGAUGGGAAAUUAGAAAAGAUCAUGCAUGCAAAAUCGUGCUCUGAUCUUUAUAGAGUUGUUGGUGAGGAAUUCUGGUUGGCUACCUGGUGCAACAGUAUUGCAUUUGAAGGGAAGCAGCUUGAAGGGACAAGAAUAACCCUUGUAAAAAUGAAGGAACAUGGUUUUGACUUUGCAAUUAGAACACCUUGUACACCUGCUAGAUGGGAAGAUUAUGAUGCAGAAAUGGCAAUGGCAUGGGAAACUCUCUGCAAUGCUUACUGUGGUGAAAAUUAUGGGUCUACUGAUUUCAACACACUAGAAAACGUGAGAGAUGCAAUUUUAAGGAUGACAUAUUACUGGACUGAACUGCUUUUCAGGUAUAAUUUUAUGCCGCUGUCUAGGGGAUCUGCUGCGGUUGGAUUUGUAGUUAUGCUGGGCUUGUUACUUGCUGCCAAUAUGGAGUUCACGGGAAGCAUCCCACAGGGUUUACAGGUUGAUUGGGAAGCCAUUUUGAGCUUGGAUCCAGACUCCUUUGUGGAUUCGGUUAAAACAUGGCUAUACCCAUGUCUGAAGGUGACAACCUCGUGGAAAGACUACCCUGAUAUCGCAUCAACUUUUGCAACAACAGGAUCGGUUGUUGCUGCUUUGAGCUUUUCUGAUGAUUGAACUCCUGUAAACAUGACCAGGUGAGUUAACUGCAUAUUAACUGUAAACGGGCUUGUUACAUUGUAACCAUAUGUUAACGAUUAUUGUACAAUAUUGUACGUUAUUGCAUUGGGUGAUAAAA